CCGGCAAAUCCCGUAUCCAAAUCCAAUAGGGUAAACCUAGCCGCCCAUCUGCCCGCCAUGAAGGCGUCGAUCAAGUUCCGCGACGACGACCGCCCGCUGCUGCGCGCCAAGGUGCCGGUCGGCGUGCUGGGGCUGCCUUUCUUCUCGGGCCUCGUGGCGGGGGGAGACGCCAAGGACCUCCGCUUCGACCUCUCCACCGCCUUCACCUCCGGCCCGGCGCUCCGCCUCUCGUACCGCCCCAACGAACCGCUCCAGCCCUUUGCCCUCUCCAUCCGCACGGGGCUGGGGCCGCUGGGGUCCCCUGUCCGAGCCCCCUUCGCCCUCGCCGCCGAAUUCAACCUCACCUCCUCGAACCCGCCCGCCUUCUCGCUCGUUUUCAAGCCCCGGAUCGGAGACUUCGCCGUCGCCAGCUCCGUCCGCUCCCCGCCGCCGCCGCCGCCCGCAUCAACUCUGCCCCCGCUGUCGGUCAAGAUGUCCGACCUCGUCACCAACGGCGACGACCACGACCGCAAAGCGCACGGUAACGGGUUCUCCUUCUCUGGGAAUGGGUUCGCGGCGAACGUGGCGGCCGCCGCCGGGACCGGCGGCGGCGGCGUGGGCGCGCUGCUGUCCAGGAUGCGGCUCACGACCAGGAGUGUGCUGCCACUGUGGAGUAAGGCGAGCCUGCGGUUCCAGUGGGGGCUGCGCGUGCCGCCGGAGAUCAAGGCCGCGCUCGCAGACGACGGGUACGGGCGCAAGGCUGGGAGCCUCGCCAUCAGCAAGCUGCCGCUGCUGGUGAUGAACAAGAUCACCAUCGAGCACACGCCCAAGGUGCCUUCGCAGUCUGAAACGGAUAAGAAGAGGAAGAAAGAUGCCCCACCAGCAGCCGAGGGCGAGGUGUUCUCACUAAUGAAGAGGCAAUUGGAGGAGCUGAAUGCUGAGAGCACCAUGCUGCGUCUGGCAGUCGAGGACUUGCGUGCAGAGGUUGGAGCCAGCAAAGGCGAUGGACGUAAGCUGCCAGCAACAGUGCCACAUCCACAGCGUUCAUUCGUGUCGAAACCAGAUCACCAUUUUCACAGCGAUGCUAAGGAUUUGGGAGACAGUGGGACGAAACCGGCCUCCAAUGAUGCAAGUGAGGGGUUGAAGAAGGCGCUGGAGGCCAGACGAAAGUAGGAAACACCUAGAUAGGGGGGCCAUAGGGCUUGCUGACACUGCAAGCGCUACAAUAUGAUAUGGCUGCUGACGGCUGUGUCAAGUUUUGUGCUUAAUAAUAAUGCUUCCUCAAUGGAGAAGAUUGGUAAGGGCUGUGAGGUAGCCAUUUUCCAUAGGUGAUGUAGUAGUUUUGCCUAUAUUCUAUUUCCAUUGUUUGUGUUAGGAUAUUAUCCGUUCUGUAUAAAUCCGCAACUUGCGAUCUAAAAUGAAUGAAGGAUUAGUUUUUUU